AUGCCGGGGUUCGCAGAUUCCUUCUGGACCCCAGACUACGCCACUGGUCUGGGUGUCCUCUACGGAAAGCUGCAGCAGGGUAUCGUGGAAAAUAAGCAAAUACUUACCGUUGCGUCGAUGCGUGCGGACGCCGAGGAGACAUACAGUUCGAAGUUGGGCGAUAUUGCGCCGAGUGUGGAUAGAAUGGUAGCGGGAUUCGCGAAGGAUGACGGAGCAAGUGUGCGAAAGGCCUAUGAAGGAACUCGUACCGAAAUGGUCGAAGCGUCGAGGAACCAUCAAAAGAUUGCGGCGAAUAUCCGGGAAUUGGUUGUUUCGCCGUUCAGACGCUGGUGCGAUCAGCACGAGGCACGGAUCGAAAACUCCCACGAUGACCUCCAGUCUCGGAUCAAGGAACAUACCAAGCAGGUGGACCUGGUCAAGAAGCUGCGGAGCCACUACUUCAACAAAUGCCGUGUCCUCGAGGAUCUCGAAGAAGAGAAUAAGCUCGCCUUCCAAGCACCCGAGACUAGCCCUAAGAUCAAGCCGACCCCCAAGAUCAUCUUACCAGACAAUGAACCAGAGGACGACGAGCCGGUAGAGCUCGGUGACCGGGUUUACACUCCAGAUGACUUAAAGAAACUUCUCGUGCACAUGUUGGAGACUAUCCCUCAGGGCGAGAUCAAAGUGCCCAUCAUCGGCACGUACCAGAAUACGUCGACCGGUGCGGAUAUCGUGGAAUAUACCCAGAAGUACUUGAACGCGACUAGUCUCAGUUACGCGGAGAGGAUUGGACAGGACCUCGUCGACAAUGGCUUCCUCCGGUUAGUGGGGAAUAUGGGCAGCACAUUCGCCAAUAGCUCCAAAAUGCGCUACCAGUGGCGCCCCAAGUGUUUCCAGAUCUCUGGCAUACCUGAGAAGAAAACAGCUUUGAUGCGUGUGACCUCUGUCGCAACCAGUGAAGAUGGCAUCGAUUCUCCUAUCGCAUCUGUCUCCGAGAUGUUGGCGGGCUGGAACCCUUUGAACAACCCGUAUCCCAAUGAGACGCCGGCGGAGAAGCUCCGCAGAGAGGCUCGUGAAGCUGAUGAACGGUACAAGGCCGCUGUGCGGAAACUUGACCUCAUUAGAUGCAAACUUGAGGAGGAGAUCGUUGCAAACUUGCGGUUUAUGGAACAGUGUGAGCUGGACCGCCUCAAGGCGAUUAAGGCCGUGGUACUUGAUUUCUCCGGAGCUAUAAGCAACGUCAUUCCGAACUUGCAAAGCACUGUGGACCAUAUGAUGCUGUACCAAGAGACAAUUCAACCUCUAGGCGAUCUCAGGUACCUUCUCGAGAACUACAGAACUGGUGGUUUCGUACCCAAGGUCCAGGCUUAUGAAAACUAUUACGGCUCCGUUGAGGACCAAAUUUUUGGUGUCGACCUCGAGGCUAGGGCAAGGGCGGACCGUAAAAGGGUACCGGUCAUCGUGACGACGCUCUUGACCUACCUUGACAACUGUUAUCCAGAACUCGAGGGAGACGAAUCAAGGCGUGCUAUUUGGCUUAUUGAUGUCCCAUUAGGAGCCACUCACCACCUUCGUCACGCUUUGAACAACAGGAAAGGCGACUUCUUUGAAGUGCUUCAGAAGUAUGAGAUUCCUGUUGUUGCAAGCGCGCUCAAGCUAUACCUUCUUGAAUUGCCAGACUCUCUUGUUUCAUCCCAAGUUUACGAAAUAAUUAAGACCAUUUACUCCACGACUGCAAACGAGACCACCGAAGAAGGACGCAUCAAAGUCCUUCAAAGCACCCUCGGCCAACUCCGUCUUAACAACAUUGCCACGCUUGAUGCGAUUAUGACCCACUUCACACGUUUGAUAGACUUGACCUCCGCCGACGAAACCUAUGUUUCUGCGCUUGCUCAAUCGUUAUCCCCUUGCGUUCUUCGUCCCCGCAGCGAAAGCAGCCUCACGAUGGACGAGCGCCACAGCUACCGUCUGAUUCGCGAUCUCUUCGCCCACAAGGACACAAUCUUUGGAGAACUGAAGCGCCAGUCCAGUGGCCUCCACGGAACCGCGCCCCGUCCACGGGCCAUUAGCACAGACGAGAGCAACCGCCGCGCCGCCAUGGAAGCCCGCAAUCGGGCUAUCAUGGACCGCAGCCGUGCCCACAGCCCAGCUCCCCCUCGCAAACAUCGCCGUGACCGUUCCAGCGGCCCGGAGCCAGGCCGCUUCCCGAUCAACGUCUCCGGCGCGAAAACGCCAACCACCGCCCGAAACAGCCUAGACGUACCCGGUAGCCCCUCGCCCACGUCCGCAGCCUCAGCCGCUGCCGCUGCCGCUGACGAGCUCUCUACCGUGAACAUCGACUCCCCUGAACCCGCCACAAACGGCACUUCUGCUACCGCCGUCGCCGCCGUCGAAUCCCCCACCGAUCCAGACCACCCAUCGGAACCGACUACUGCCAGUCCUCCCUCCGAAGCUCCAUCUGACGACUCUCAGACACCCACGCCGCCCAUUCACACCGAGGAGCCCGCCACAACCAAUCUCAACCGCAGCUCUAUGUCUCGCUCCAGCGGCAUCCACACCCGCAAGCCGGGUCUUGGCAGCCGCUCCAGCUUUCCCAUCAUCGCUGGUGAGACAGGCACAGACAGCAAGCGCAGCAGUAUCGCCGAGAGCGUCACGGAGCCCAAGGGCGUCACGUUAGAGGAUAAGCCCAUGGACGACUAA